UUUUGAAAGGAAUGUGCACGCUUUCUUCGUCACGUGUCAAGGUAGAUUAGUGUUAAAAAAAUAAUAAUGAAUAAAUAAAUAAAUAAAGAGAAAAUCGGAAUGUGUUGCUACGACAACAGUAAAAACAUAAACAUUCUAUAACAAAGUCGUUAUGUUGUUAUAAAUACAAUUAACAUGCCACCCAUCGUUCAGAGCGAGGAAGAGUCGACAACAAACAAUAAGUGCAGGACAGUUGCACAUGGAGAAAGUGGUAGCAGUGAUGAAUAUGUAUAUGAAAGUAAUACUCCAGAUUCGAGAGAUGAAUUGUUAAGUCCGACACCAUUUUCCCUUUCCUCCCAUUCUCCUGUUCUGUCACCUCGACCUCCGUGUUCUCCUCACCGUUUAAAGGGGAAAAGAGAGCGUACAUGGUCCAUGACGAAGUCAGGUUCAUCUAGAGAACCGGUAUUAAGGACACAACAAAGAACGAUAUAUACAGCUGGUCGGCCACCAUGGUACGACACUCAAGGACAGUUAGUAGAGCCAUUUGUUAUUGGUAUUUGUGGGGGAAGUGCUUCAGGAAAAACAACAGUAGCACGUAAAAUAAUUGAAGCACUAGAUGUACCUUGGGUUACAUUAUUAAGUAUGGAUUCUUUUUAUAAGGUUUUGAAUGAAGAACAACAUAAAUUGGCUCAUCAGAAUAAAUAUAAUUUUGACCAUCCUGAUGCAUUUGAUUUUGACCUGUUGAUAGAAACUGUAAGAAAGUUGAAAGAAGGCAAAAGAGUUGAAGUCCCUAUUUAUAACUUUGUGUCACAUUCCAGAGAGAAAAGAAUGAAAAUAAUGUAUGGAGCAAAUGUUAUAAUAUUUGAGGGAAUAUUGGUAUUCAGUCAUAAAAAACUCCUAGAAUUGAUGGACAUGAAAAUUUUCAUUGACACGGACUCAGACAUCAGAUUGGCAAGAAGGCUAAAGAGAGACAUAAUGGACAGGGGAAGAGACUUAGAAGGAGUCUUGCAUCAGUACGAAAAAUAUGUAAAGCCCGCUUUUGAUUAUUACAUUGCUCCUUCCGUAGUGCAUGCCGACCUCAUUGUUCCGAGGGGAGGCGAAAACAAAAUAGCAAUCAGCCUCAUAGUUCAGCACGUUCACACCCAACUGCAAUUAAGAGGCCUCAAGCUGAGGUCGAAACUUGCACAGUCACACGCUGGCCAGCCUCUCCCGCAGACUCUGCACAUCCUGCCUUCCACACCUCAGGUCCGUGGCCUUCACACUUUUAUCAGGAACAAUGAUACUUCUCGUGAUGAAUUUAUUUUCUAUUCCAAACGCCUUAUGAGACUCCUUAUAGAAUACGCUCUGUCGAUGCUGCCUUUUAGAGACAUUAUAGUGGAUACGCCUCAGGGAAUCCCUUAUCAGGGAAAAAGAAUAUCCACUGAAAAGAUUUGCGGAGUGUCGAUACUGAGGGCAGGCGAAACAAUGGAGCAGGCACUCUGCGACGUGCUGAAAGAUGUUCGGCUCGGAAAAAUUCUCAUACAGACCAAUUUCGAUACCGGAGAACCAGAAUUAUAUUAUUUGAGACUUCCCAAAGACAUCAAAGACUACUACAUCAUAUUGAUGGAUGCCACGGUAGCCACCGGAGCCGCUGCCAUGAUGGCCAUAAGAGUGCUUCUCGACCACGAUGUGUCAGAAGAAAACAUAUUUCUCUGUUCUCUGUUGAUGGCAGAGUCAGGAGUCCACACCAUUGCAUACGCUUUCCCCAAAGUACAAAUUAUUUCAACUUCGGUUGAUCCAGAAGUGAAUGAGAGUUUCUACAUUCUUCCAGGAAUCGGUAACUUUGGAGAUCGCUAUUUCGGAACGGAAGCUUCGACCAGCUGACAUCUCCACCACGGCAAAAAAAAAAAAAUCAUUUGUUCCUUAGUAAAAGCCAAUUCUGUGAUAGUAUAUCCUCCGAGAUAAAUUCAGCCAGUAAUACAUCUAUAUUUUAAUUGACA